AUGAGUGAGAAACAAAUGAAUAAUUUUUUCCAACUUGAAUACUUCGCUCCUACGAGCUACUGGGAAUCAUUCACUCGUACACCAACGAACACACAAUGGAAAUCACUUUCACCAUCUUCUGAACCAGAUUUCAGUUUAUUUGAACCGACGGAUUAUGAACCUGUAUCGAGUAAUCCUGCUGUAGAUAAUAAAGCUCCAUGUACAGUUCUUCGUGAUAUGACACGCAAACAACAAUUCAUUGCAGCAAGGGAAAUACUCAGCGAUUUGCGCCAAAUGAAUGUACCUAUUCGUCAAUCACAAGUAUACACAAUAGCUGCAAUAGAACGUCUUCUUGAUAACGAUAUCGAAGGGGCAACUGCAUGGUUACCACUUAUUCCUCAAAGAGCAUUUCACGCAUCACAUAUAUUACACAUAUUCUUCGCUAAUGAUCCAACCAAUUUAGAUGCACUAGUUCUAUUGGCUCGAAAAUUACCACUUAGUGCAAAUCAAGCAACACAUGUUCUUGCUCAUCUUGUCAGAUUCUCUCAGGAUACACUCAAAGUUGUGAAAUUCCUUGAAGACCAGGAGACAAAAUCGCAAGUAUGGAAUAACCAGCGUGACGUAUUCUUAAAUCAGCUAGCUUUGACGAAAAGGUUCGAUGACUUAGAUAAUGUUCUCAAGAGGUGGUGCACCAAAUAUAGCUCUCCAAGUCAGACGCAGGAAACUCGCAAAAUGUACAUCCCGAGCGCCUUUACUAGCAUUCUCAUACUACAAGAGAGUAUAAAGAAUAAUGCAAAUGAAAGACUAGUACGACAAGCACAAUGGAUAUUGUCAAAUUAUCACUCCGAAGAAGCGAAAAGAAUGGCGCAUGCACCAUCACUCGGACCAAAAUCGGCAUCUAGAGAAAUCGAGGAAAAUCUUUUGGAGGAAAUUUCACAAACACGACCAAAUGAUAAGGUUGUAAAGCGUUUAUUACAGGAGUUAUUCGCUGAUUCGUCUUUCCCUUCGGCUAAGGUGAUAUCAUCUUUGGUGACAUACUAUCAGACGAAGAUACACACAAUAAAGAUAGCUCCUAGAUUAGCUGAGCUGCGAGACUAUCUUCUAAAUCGACAACAUCUCAGACAACGCGCAAAAUCACUGUGGACAUUCUCAAGGAUGAUAAUGCAGUUACAUAAUUCAAUAUAUGCACCAGAUCAUAAGAGAGAUAUGAAAGCUAAGAGAGUAUUGGAGAUAUUUUCUGACGUUUAUCUUCCAAUUGGUAUACCUGAUAAUUUAAUAUCGAAACCAUCAAAUGGAUUUGACAACAUACUUAACACGUAUAAAAGCAAAUCUCAUCCAUUAUUACUGUGGCCGGAUCCAUUUGUUUUGGGUGUAGCAUACACUUCUCUUCUUAUUAUUCAUAAAAAUGAUAAAGUUCUACACAAUAGACUUUGGAGGAACCUUAUUUCACCUGCUACAACUACAUCAAAUGAUUUUAUAUUCACAAUACCACCUUCAAUGCGUCCGGACUCUCUGACAUGUUUGCCAUUUUUACAUAUCUUCUCAACGAAACACAACCCAGAUAGAGUAAGAGAGGCAUUAGAGGAUAUGGCAAACUGUGGCAUUCCAUUCGCAAUGGAGGGCAUUCUCACAUUAUUGCGCGCUUACGCUUCUAGAAAUCGCCUUAACAGUGUACGACAAAUACUGAAUUGGCUGCAGCAUCAAGAAAGCGAAUUUAAUAUACCCCGUUGGGACCCACCUGAAAACGUCUCUGUUGAAGCUCUCAUUCCUCAUUUGGUUGAUGUUUCUCCCCUGAAUUCUCAAACGAGGGCAUUUCUCGAAAGGCUAUUACAAAAGGACGUUGAAAGUGAGAGUGGAGGUGAUUUCAAUUGAUAUGCAGUUAGAAGUGUAAUAUUUGCCUUGU